UGUCACUAUCAUAAGUUAUUAUUACAAAACCGAAUUGCUGCAUUUGAUGAAUUGAACCUUAUUAAUCAACCUCCAGAUUCUGUUACAAUUUAUGAUGCAAUUCAAUUUGUUUCACAAGCUUGGAAUAAAGUUUCUGAAGAUCAAAAAACAGAUAUUCUUCCUUCUACAGAAAUUGAUGAAUAUAUAGAUUCAGAAUCUCUUGUUAAUCUAACUAAUGAAGAUGAAAUGGAGUUAGAAAAUCUCAUUACACGAUUUCAAAAUUCAAAAGAUCCCGAAAACCCUGAAUAUUUAAAUAUUUCUACAUGGGAAUUUAUUGAAAUUGAAAAUAAUUAUACAAGUGAAAUGCCUACGCUUGAAGACAUUAUAGCAGAGAUGCAAGAAAAUGAACUUGAAGAAGAACCAGAGCAGCAAAUUAAACCUGUUACAGCAAUUCAAGCUAUUACAGAACUGGAUUUAGUAUUAGACUAUAUUGAACAACUAGUAUCAAGUCUUAAGAUUGAUAUUAAAGUUUUUUCAGAACUUAAGUGA